AUGCUUGAUGAUCUUUUAGAAGAUAAAAAGAAUGUUGAUGCUUUUAGUCAACAAGAAAAAUACGCCCUUCAAAACGCCAUCGAUGAAGCCGAAAAGCAUCUGGCGAGCGAUCCAAUAAAAGCUCUCGAUGAAAUCCUAAUCCUCUACGUGCAAGCCAUAGUCCAAGUCAAAGCUCAAAAGAAACCAGUCCGUACUCUUGGGCUCAACCCCACCCCUGCAUCUUCUGUGUACAUUUCUCCAAAGCAGAUUUCAAACUUUACUUUAAAUAUUGAAACCGUGUUUCGCACCCAUUUCGAAACUGCGCAGGUCUCUGAACGAACACUGAAAUAUUUUGAAGAAGGCACCAUCUUUGAAAAGCUGCUCAACGUUUCUCCUGUUUAUUCUGGAAGCAUGCUACUCUCCUCCUUUAACCGGAUAUCUCUUUUGAGGAGCCUUUUUCUGCAUCUGCUCAGCCUUAGCGAAACCUACACCAAAACGACAGUUCAGGGAAACAGAACACAUUCGGAUUCAAUGCUUAGUGCCUCGAUGGUUUUGCUGGAAAAACUGUAUGAAAGCUUUAAAAUUAUUUCGCAAAAAUUCGACGCCGAAGUUGCUUCAUUUAAAGAUGAAACUUAUUACUGUUUUGCAGAAAUUGGCCAAAAAUGUGAUGCCGAAUUUUCGGGGUUGGUGGAGUUUUGUAAAAAAAAAUAUGCCAACCAUUUUGAGCUUUCAGAACUGGAAAAAUUUUGUGCAGCAAAAUACCCUGAAGACCUUCAAACCGCAAAGCUUAAAGCAAAAGAAGUUAUCAAGAUGGGUGAGUCAUUCAAUAAGAGUCUCGGUCUUCCAUCAAAAAUCAGCAUGCAUCAGCUGGAGGAUACUGCCAAAAGCUUUUCUUUACAUUUAAACCUUUCUGAAAUCUUGCUUAUCGAGUGGAUGAGCGCUUAUAAGGCAGACUGGUCGAAAAUUUACACCAUAGCUUUCAGGAUAAUUAAUACAGCAAUCAGUAUCUAUGACUUUAUAAAUCAAAUUUUUACUGAUGACGUUAAGAAAUUGAAAGUUGAUCUUGACAUGUUUUCGUAUCCUUGGGAGGAUUACAUUUCAGCUGCUAAAAAUUUUGAUCAAAGCAGAAACCUUGCCUCUACGAAAAGAUAUGCCUCUAUUCUAUCUGGUCAAAUGGAAAAUAUCAAACUAGGUGCUGAUAAUUUGUCUAAAAGGGUUCAACAGACCCUUCAAAAGAUCGGUAAAAUCAAGGUUUUUCCCGAAAAAGAAAAGAAUCUUGCGAUUGAUUUUAUUAACCUAGCCAACAUUAAUAGCGAACUUUCAGAUUCCCCUUAUCUCCAAGAUAUUACCAACCUGUUUAAGGAUUUCAAACAUCUUGAGGACUAUUUGGCUAAUCUUGACCUUAGAAAGUGCCACAUUUAUGAAGAUGAAAUAGCUGAAAUGGUUGCAUACUAUCAAAUUCUCCUCGAGGAUAAAAAAACCCUUUUCAUGUACGCACACAAUCAAACAUUUGUUCCUCUUCUCAAAGAAAUGGAGGAUCAAAAUAAAAAAGCAGCUGCCACUAAUAUCACGGUCUUGGAGCUAAAAAGUCUCAAUCUCUAUCUUGGUCGAAAAGAUGCAGACCUUUCUGAGAUCAUCCGAUUUUUUUCCGAAAUUCCUCAAAAUAUCAUCAAAGUAGGAAGCAAAAUCAUUGAAUGCAAACGUGUUUUGCCUGUGAAAGAAAUUCAAGCUUUCUCUGAUGAUUUUACGGCGCUGAAUGCCACCCAUAUUGGAUCCUAUCUUUCUUCCAUCGAUGCUAGAUACGAUCUUCUUUUGUCUGCUCAAACAAAGUUAAGACAGGUCUAUUCUCAAAUUUAUUCUCUAAGCAUUAGGCUUGCUAAUAUUUCUGAUGAUUAUCAAAAAGAGGCACUAAAGGAUGAUCCGCUCAUCUUAGAGCUCAUUAAAGAUCCCAAAAAGUUUCAACGCAAUAUUGCUUCGUCUCUCGAACAAGCCUCUGGACUGCUCGAAAAAUUCAAAGAGAACAAUGAUUGCACUAUUACUGAUAGCGUUAUCCCAAACCCAAGCCUAAGCCAAACUGGGAAAGUGGUGGUAAAUUAUAUCAUCAAAGACCUCCUUUUUGAUCCAAAUUUUCGGCCAAAAAAAAUAGUCUAUGUAGCAUCGCUCGUUAGACCUGGAGAGUCUAUCGAUAAAGAAAGCAUCGCCCCAAUAAGAUUGAUCAGCAUGACCGAAAUUGACAGAGAAAAGCUAAUGCGUGAAGUGACGGGAGAUUUUCUCAUUAAACAAUUUGUAAAAUCCGAGGAAAAGAUAGCUUUUGUCGAAAGGGCAUUUUCAAUUCAGCAUCAGCUUGUACAUGAAAACAUUGUUCGUGCUUACCAACAGGAUGGAGAUCAAAUAUUUAUGGAAUAUGUACAAGGGUGCGAUUUGUCUUUGAUCCCUCAAGAUUGGACGAAAAAUGCAGCCAUACUCGGUUAUAUUUUCAAAAAAGCUGCACARGGUCUUAAAUUKAUUCAUGAAAACGAUAUUGCGCAUGGCGACUUGAAGCCUUCCAAUAUAUUGGUAUCAAGACAAGGGGAUGUGAAAAUCGUUGACUUUGAUUUUGCUGUCGAGAUCAAAAGGGUCAAUUCAAAAGAUAUUGCAACAAAAGAACACCCUUCAGGAAAACCUCCAUAUUCAAAAGAAGAGUACUAUUUUAGUUUUCCGCUCCCAUACUGUUCUCCAGAGUUUAUUAACCUUCUAUCUGUGGUCCCAAAAGGCAUUGAAGACAUACUUGUCAACAAGAAGAACAUCACAUCGGAAUGGGCUGCUUUAACGCGAAAAGAUUUGCGUUUUACCCCUAAAAACAACACGUUUCCCACAAAAGAAUCAGAUGUUUUUUGUUUUGCAGCUGCUUUUAUUGAUAUUUUUAGCAAUGAAGAGUCGCUCAGAUACGACCGUAAUUAUUUGGCUUUCAAAAAAAAGGGUAACGAAAGCGAAGAAAAGCGUAAAAACUAUCAAGAUGUCCUGAAUCUAAUUAAAUCCUUUGAUGCCAAGUUUGCUGAAACCAUUAACAUGGCGCUCGAUCCGUGUCCUGAGAAAAGACCCACUAUUAGCGACGUGUUUGAGUGUCUCGAAAACUCGCCCUGUUGCACUGAAACAGAAUUCAAAGGGUUUGCUUCAAAUCUUCAAAAGGAUGAGCCUAUUUCUUUUCUUAAAAACCGGAAUAAAUUGCAUGCAUGA